CAGUUUCCUGUAUCCUUAGGAACCAAGCACUAGUGCACUGCAUUUAAUACUGUGCUGUGUUCUGUAGUCUACAUAUAUAUACACCAGGAUGAAGAAUGGGGCGGAGAAAGAGAAUAAUAGGAAUGAAGAACCUGAGGAAAAUAGCAAGGUAUUCCUAAGAAGAUGGUACAUUUUGAUCCUUUUUUCAUUCUUUACCCUGCACUCAUGCGCAGUCUGGAACACAUGGGGCCCGAUAGCGAAAACUGCCAAAAAGGUAUAUGGCUGGACAGAUGGAACCCUAACCCUGUUUACACUUUGGGGUUGUCUAGACUUCCCUAUAUUCUUCCUACCCUCAGCCUGGCUUCUUGGUCGUAGCCUCCGCUGGUCCGUUGUCAUCGCUGCCUUCUGUAUGCUUCUAGGAUCAUCGAUCAGAUGCUUACCCCUAGUGUUCCCACUUGAUGACCAAGCAUUUACUUACCUCUGCCACGCGGGAGCAAUUAUUAAUGCAAUUUGCGGACCAGUUGCAAUGUCAGCACCAAUACAGAUUUCAUCUGCUUGGUUUCCUCCAACAGAACGUACUUUUGCAACCAGUAUAGGUCAAAUGUUCAACGCUCUUGGUGUCGGCGUCUCCUUUAUUUUUGGAACCUUUAUUGUUAGGGAGGCUUCUGAGGACUGUGAACUUGAUCCUCCAAGUUCAGAUAAUAUUCUUUGUUUGAACAAGGAAUCUGAUCUAAAACUUGCAAGAGAUGAUAUUGACAUCCUUCUCUUGAUCCAUGGUGGUAUAUCCUUGGUAAUUUUUCUUCUGAUUCUUCUAUAUUUCCCGAGCCAGCCACCUAAACCUCCAAGUAUAUCUGCUACAGAACCAAGAACUCUGUUCCUUGAAGGAUUUAAAACCCUUCUUAAAUCAAGAACAGCCUGGUUUACCAUGAUAACCUACUCAAUGUCUCAAGGUUUAGUUCAGAUGUGGCAAAGUGUGAUGAUAAUUAAUAUUCUAAAUCUAGAAAUAGAAGGAGUAACUGAGAAAUGGGCUUCAAUGCUUGGAAUAGUUAUAAGUUUUGUAGCUGUGGCUGCUAGCAUUGGAUUCGCUUUUAUUCUUAAAUGGUUCAGAAAAAGGAUGAAGCAUGUGAUUAUCCUUCUGCUUGCGGUAUCAGGCACAAUAUUUAUUGUUGUAGCUCUACUUUUCCAGGGUGUGAUACAAUUUCAAAAUGCUGAACAUUUUAAGAUUUCUGCAUAUAUUCUGCUGUUGUCAGGAAUAAGCCUGGCUUGUGCAUCAGCACCUGUUCUCUUCGAAUUCAGUGUGGAGUUAAGCUAUCCUGUAGCAGAGGGUUGUAUUGGAACUUGGCUUACUGUUUGGUUUAAUAUUCUUUCCGUUCUUUUCUUCCUGGUCUUUCAAAUACCGGACAUAGGAACAGAUUGGUUGAACUAUAUACUUCCUGCCUAGAUUGGUUGAACUAUAUACUUCCUGCCUAGAUUGAAUGAACUAUAUACUUCCUG